GUAGACUUCAUGUAUUUGGAACACAUACUUCCUGUAGUUGAAACACAGAGCUUCAUUUGGCUGGAUCCUUGACUGGGAGCAAAUUGUAUACCGGUGUCCCCUUAGUCAGGCGCUCUUACCCCUGAAUGGUGGAGAACUUUAUAUAUAACAUAUAUAUUCAGUAAAUAGACCUUGGAGCUAUAGCACAUUUGGAGGACUGGUGGUGGAGCACUGAGGACCUAUCAGUGGGAGAACCACCUUUAGCACGGAUGAAAAAUCAUUUGACCCUGAGCUUUAUAAGUGAUCCAGAAACGUGAUACAGGACUUUCAUAGAUACGUUUUUAUAAAGACAAUGGUCCUUUUCAUUAAUGACCCACCAAGGAUGGACGAGGACAGAAACCACAUGGCUGCGAGGAUAUUAGACCUCACCCUAGAGAUCAUCUACCUGAUAACUGGAGAGGAUUACACAGUAGUGAAGAAGUCGUCUGGUGAGUGUGUGACACCCCAUGUGUCAGGAGAAUGGAGCAGAACCCCGGGAGCCAUCACCGAGCCUCCACCUUAUUCACUGAUACAUGAGCAGAAGAUCCUAGGACUUACCAACAGGAUCACUGAGCUGCUGACCGGAGAGGUUCCUAUAAGGUGUCAGGAUGUCACUGUCUAUUUCUCCAUGGAGGAGUGGGAGUAUUUAGAAGGACACAAGGAUCUGUAUAAGGACUUCAUGAUGAAGGAUCAUCAAGCUCUCACAUCACCAGAUGAGUCCAGUAGGAGAAAUCCAAAAGAGAGAUGUCCCAGUCCUCUAUAUCUCCAGGAAUUUCCAGAGGAAAAGCAAAAUAUCCCACUAGAUUAUCAGGAAAGUUAUGGUGGAACGGCGAGUGGACCAGAAAACCCCACAUCAAUGUCAGUGAAAGAUGAAGACCGGAUGGGAGACUCUCAUGAACUUACUCCAUAUAUAAUAAAUGAUGAUCAAUCACAGAUUGGCAAAACUGUGAUGGAACAUAAACUGGAAAACAUUUCUGGAAUUGGGAAUCAUUUUCAGGAAAGAUUCAAUCUUUCCACACAUGAAGCAGUCUGCAUUCAUGAAAGACGGUUUACAUGUGCAGAAUGUGGGAAAUCUUUUACUCAGAAAUCAACUCUUGUAGCACAUAAGAGAACUCAUACAGGGGAGAAGCCGUUUUCAUGUUCAACAUGUGGGAAAUGUUUUACUAGGAAAUCGUUUCUUGUUGGACAUCAGAAAACUCACACAGGAGAGAAGGAAGCUUUGUGUUUAGAAUGUGGGAAAUCUUUUACUCAGAAAUCAAGUCUUGUAGCACAUCAGAGAAUUCAUACAGGGGAGAAGAAGUUUUCAUGUUCAGAAUGUGGGAAAUGUCUUAACCAUAAAUCAGAUCUUGUGAAACAUCAGAGAAUUCACACAGGAGAGAAGCCAUUUUCAUGCACUAUAUGCGGGCAAUGUUUUAAUCAGAAAGCAAGUCUUGUAAACCAUCAUAGAAUUCACACAGGAGAGAAGCCAUUUUCAUGCAGUGAAUGCGAUCAAUGUUUUAGUCAGAAAUCAAGUCUUGUGAAACAUCAGAGAACACACACAGGAGCGAAGCCAUAUUCAUGUUCAGAAUGUGGGAAAUGUUUUAGUCUCAGUUCAAGUCUUGUGAAACAUAGGAGAAUUCACACAGGUGAGAAGCCAUAUUUGUGUACUGUGUGUGGGAGAUGUUUUACCUAUAAAACAGAUCUCACGAGACAUCUAAGUAUUCACAAAGGGUAAAAGCCAAAUUCAUGUUCAGAAUGCGGGAAAUAUUUUAGUAACAAAUCAAGUCUUGCGGAACAUCUAAAAAUUCAUACAGAGUAGAUGCCAUAUGUAUGUCCUGAAUGUGGGAAAUGUAUCAUCCAUAAAUUAGAUCUUAUGAAACAUCUGAGAAUUCACACAAAGGAGAAGCCAUUUUUCAUGCCCAGAAUGUAGCAAGGUUUUAGCCAGAGAAUUCACACAGGAGAGAAGCAAUAUUUAUUUUCAGCCUCAGAUCAAGUCUUGCGAAAAAUCUUAGAACUCGCAUAGUGAAGAAGAAGUAUGUGGAAAUCUUAUAGUAAUAACUAUAAAAUGAGUCUUUUGGAACAUCUAAAAAAUCUCACAUAUGAGAGGUUUUUUUAUGUCCUAAAUAUGGGAAUGUUUUUUUUCCGGACACACAUGUUUUGGAACAUGUAAGACCUCACACAGAAGAGAAGCUAAUUUCUUGUGCAAUAUGUGGGGAAUGUUUUUGUCACAAAUCAAGUUUUUUUUUAUAUGGUAUAGAAAUAUUAAAAGAAAUGGUCGGUGGGGUUUUGAGUACUCGGACCCCCACACAUUAUUAUACAAAGGAGAGAAGUGGCCACAUAUAGAGCUUUUUCUCCUCACUGCAGGAGGGAUGGUCUCAAUAUAAGACUUUGGGCCUACCUUGAUUCCGUCUGUUGCAGCAAGGAGAAUACCUGCAAUAUGUGAGCGCUUCUCUCACUUCGUUCUAGAGAUCGGUGGAGGUCUUAGCAUUCUGACAUAUUAAAAAUUUUAUCAAAAUUCAGUGAUCAAAUGUUUUGUCCAGAGUUAGAAAGUCACAGUUGCUUUCCUCAAAAAAUAAUGUCACACCUUCACACAGAUUGUAUAUGGUAUUGUAGUUCUGCCACAUUCACAUCAAUAAAACCAAACUAUAAUAGCA